GACCAGUUUUACCUACCAGAUUCCCGUAAAGCACAUGAUCCAAUCUGUUACCUAACAGCAAAGCCAGCGUCACCUCACCUGUUCUUGCCCUUUCGUGGGAAUACUGGCCUGGGACUAACGUGCAGACCGACUACCAGGCUGAGUGAGUACCUGCCCUGAACAAUCCUGAGAGAUCAGGACCUUCUAACUGGGAACCUUCAUCCGCUCUUCAAGCCACUCAGCACAGCACUGACAGUCGCAAUGAAAGUUCUAGGCUCUUUCCUCCUUCUGUUGCUGCCACUAAUGCUGAUGUCGAGGGACUCUAGCAGCCCAAAUCCAGGGGUUGCCAGAGGCCACUGGGACCAAGGCCAGGCUUCUAGGAGGUGGCUCCAGGAAGGCGGCCAAGAAUGUGAGUGCAAAGACUGGUUCCUAAGAGCCCCUAAAAGAAAACUCAUGCCAGUGCCUGGGCUGCCAAAGAAGCAGUGUCCCUGUGAUCGUUUCAAGGGCAAGGUGAAGAAAACUAGACAACGAAGGCACCACAGGAAGCCAAACAAGCACUUCAGAGCCUGCCAACAAUUUCUCAAACGAUGUCAGCUAGCAAGCUUUGCUCUGCCUUUAUAGGAGCUCUGAGAGCGCACGCUCCCAAUUACACAUUCUCAGGCAGUGAGCACACCUAGAGGAUACUCUUAUUCUCCCACUUCAUCCUCCCACUCCCUGUACCCACCCCCUAAAUCAUUCCAGUGCUCUCAAAAAGCAUUUUUCUGAAGAUCACUUUGAUUAUUGCUCCCUCUAGUGCCUUCCUCUCUUGUCAGUUUUCUCUUAUGCCCCCCCCCUUACCUAGGCUUAAGCUUAAUUAUCUAAAAGAAUCCAGGAAACCCUAGCUUCCUAGCUGGUCUCACUUAACCUUAAAUAUAAUCAGGAAAGUAACAAACCAAAGUCAAUAAAUAUAUUUAAAUGUAAUAGAUCAAAAUCGUUUCUUUCAAAUGGAUUCACACUCAAUCCAGAUGACCCACUUUACCCUGUUCACUCCAAACCCAACCCAGAUUCUACACAUACUUCUCCCCACUACAACCCUCACUCUCUCUCCACUGUCCAACUUGUUAAUCUUUCACUCAUUCAACAAACCUUUCUGAGGUAAGAGCUAUGUGGGACAAAUAAAGCAAGUAUAGCAAUGAA